GUCCUCCACAGCGACUCGUGUGUGUGCGGUGGCUCAACGGAUACCAUGGCGAGAUUGUCGUGCUGCUAUGCGUUAGUCGGUGUCUUCUCCAACAUCGCGGCGCGAGCGGGGUUGGUGUCGGGGUUCUCGUGCGGUAGCGUGCAUCACGUAAAAGGGCUCCAGCGAGCUCUCGUGAGAGCUUUGCCGGGCGCGGCGGCGGCGGCGCGAAUACCGGCACGAUGGCCACCCGCAGCCAACCCUCUGCCUAGACACGUCCGACCAUCGGUAUCGCCGCUGGGGGGGAGUAGCGCCUCCGAUCUCAUCUCGCGGGACGGGCACGGGGGGGUGGGAGGGGGAUGGAGAGGGCGGGGGGCGGCCCUGAAGAGGGUGAGAGGGGGGGGAGACGGGGCUGACUGGCCGUUACGUUCUUCCUCGGGGGUUUCGUCGCCGGCAGGAGGAAGGGACACGACGGAAGAUGUUGCCGGUGAAACGGAGGUCGGGGGUGACGGGCUUAGCGGCGGCAGCGGUGGCGGCGGCGACGGUGGCGGGAGCGUCAGCAAGAAGAAACAGAGCCUGUUCAAGACGCUGUGGGAGUUUUCGCGGCCGCAUACGAUGAUCGGGACAGCUGUCGCAAUACCCGCCAUCGGGGUGUUCGCGGGGCCCCCAGGCGUGCUCCCCGGUCGCCGCUUUUUUUUGUCGAUGCUGUGGGCGGUGGUGCCCUCUCUGCUCAUCAACGUGUACAUCACGGGCCUUAACCAGAUCACGGACGUGGAGAUCGACAAGGUCAACAAGCCGUACCUGCCGAUUCCCGCAGGGAACCUCACGUCGCGGGCGGCGAAACUGACGGUGACGCUGUGCCUGCUAGCUGGUGCCGUGUUGGGCCUCGCGCCGUGCUCGCUUGGGUCUCCGGGGCUGGCGCUGACAGUGGUCCUCUCGGUUCUGAUUGGAACCGUCUACUCGCUCCCCCCGCUUCGCCUUAAGCGUUUCCCCCAAGUGGCUGCGCUUUGCAUCUUGGUGGUGCGGGGGUCCAUUAUCAACGGCGGAUUCUACUCUCACGCUCAGUUGGCCGGGUACGGCCUCUCGGGGGAAAAGACCGCGCUGUGGACGUUGACGCUUCCGUUCAGGGACGCUAAGUGUGCCCUGGCGCUCGCGUACUUUACGGUGUUCGCGGUCGUCAUUGCCCUCAUGAAGGACGUACCAGACGUGGCAGGUGACCGCAUGUUUAACAUCCCUUCCUUCUCGGUGGUGCUCGGGGAGAUCAAGCUCUUCGCGUUCGCGCGUCGCCUGCUGACGGCGCUCCUGUGGUCGACGGCAGCGGCGCUCGGCGUGGGCGCGAAGGCGGCCGCUUCGGCGAGCCUGCCCCUGACUUCUGGGCUCGUGUCAGCCUUGGCGCUGAUCACCGGCCAGCUGAUGAGAAGGCGGGCGGCAGGUGUCGACCCCGAGCAACCGAAGCAAGUCUACGACUUCUACAUGGACCUCUGGAAGAUAUUUUACUUGAGUUACCUGUUCCUUCCCCUGGCGCGGUGAGAAGACCAAAAAAGCACGAAGAUAUGCGAGAGACACCGUAUUGCAGGGACUGGCAAGGGCACACAAGGAAGCGGGCGCGGGCGAGCACUUGGCUUGCUAACGUUUUCAUUCAGGGAGCGCCCACAUUUGCGACCCUCAAUUUAGUUGUUGUUAGGUUCUAGUUUCUAGGGUUAUUAUGCUUCUGCGAAUGACAGUUUUGGUGAGGUUCUAGUUCCUAAGGUUAUAUUCCUUCUGCGAAUGGCCGCUAAUGGCCGCUGAAUAGCUAUUAGUUAAGGGGUGCUAAACCGAGCUCGUAAAUGAUGCAAACGGUUUCUGAGCUUCAAUUUCUUAGCUGCCAAGUCUUCAAUGCAGGCGCUAAUUGUAGCGCAGCGUUUUUUUUUCUCGUCUUGUUUUUACAAUCACAAGAAGUUUAGCGACAUUUUUUACCCGUCCGUCCGAGUCCAAGAGCAUUGACGGUCGUGAUGUGUUGCGGCCUACCUGAGCGUCUACCGACCCCCGCAAAGUAUGCAGCGGCGACAAGGUGACAGACCCCCUUGGCCGGGGACGAGCUCAACAAGACUGUGGUGGUGUUGUCGCGCAUCGGGCUUUCUGUCGUCUUGGGGGGGUAGAAAAUGUAGCUGGGGUGGGUGGUUUGUGUUGUGCAGCAGAGUAGGGCGGCGUGCAUCAGCACGUGUUUCCAUGAAGCAAGCGUCCCUACCGCUUGCACGUGAGGCGCCAGCAGGGCUGUGGUUAGCAGCCGAGAACGAUUGAUUUCCUUCUCGACACAAGGUGUCUGGUAUACGUACGUAUGUACGAGCGACAUGUAUUUGACCCCUUGACCAACCAUGGUAACACAUGUGCAACUCUUUCUGUACCAGGCUGUGAGGUAAAUGUUGGGCCCCUCCUUCUAGAAAGCAACGUCGCACGCCAAACACAACGCGGUUUUCGCGAAACAUGAACAUGCUGGCCGCUUCCCUCUUGCGCUGUCGGCCUGGUGCUUUGUCGUUUCGGCGGCACCGUUUGGCUUACAUCUAGGUGGCUUCCGCGUACAUUCACUACCAGUU